GGAUCCCUUACUUUAUUUAAAGUGUUGGGUCUAUUUAACAUCAUUCAUAUGAUGUAAGUAUGACUUUCACAUGGAUGGGGCUCAUGUGAAUGGCACCUGAGAAGCCCUUCACACAAAGAAACCCGAAAUUUCUUCAUUCCAGCACCAUUAGAGUGUAGUAGUUUUAACUCCGAAAAAGGAGAACGAAAAAGCGAUAAAUUUGUCGCAGUUCAAAAAUUCAAGAAAAUAUUUCUGAUCCGACAAAAUAGAGGGAGAACCUGGGUUUCUUUGGUAGGAGGCUAAGGGUUCCCGUUGGCCGUUGCUCUCGUGUCGUGUCGGUGUCAUUGGUAGCUGCAAUCGAGAACUGAAACACGCGAAUUCCAUUUCAAAUUCAACAGAAGCACACGGAACAUAACACUGAAAUUUAAGCAUACUAAGUCAAAAUUGGAAUCACUCACCAUCUCUCGAGGGCUCGGGGCGAAUUCUCCAAGUGUUCUGGUCCGGGAUUUUCUAGGCGGACGGUUUCAGUUAAAAUCUUUAGCGUGCGACGGCUAAAAGUGGAAGAUUGGGUGGUUGAAGUUGAGCUGCGAUGCUUCUUCGGUUUCUCUUUGUGUUCUACGUAUUCAGUUUCAUUGUCAAUGGCCCGACUUUCAUCAAUGGGGACAUUAUUGACAGCAAAAUUUUGACUGUUGGGGAGGAAUUGUGGAAGGAAACUCUACCAUUGCAAUCGGGUUCUCGCCUCUACCAACUGAAAGGGAUUAAACCAUCUUCUUGGUAUGAAGUGAAGAUAUCCUAUCCAGCUUCUAUACCUGCAAGAUUUUCUGUAGAAUUGAAAAAAGACAGUGCAGAGCUGGGACUGAACCGAAACAGGAGGUUGCUGAAUACUGAGAAAUUAAUUUUCAAGACUGAUGGUGUUACUGCACUCAAUAAUAAGGACAAAGUGUUUGUCUUGGUGACUGUGGAGCCUGAAGGAUUUGUUGCAAUACCACAUGUACCAGAGAGGAAGUUCAUCACAUACAAUAUAGUUUGUGACGAGCUAUUAUUAGGGAUCCCGCACAAAGCUUGGUGGGUAGCAAUCAUGGCAUUGCUCUGUUUGACACUGGCAUUUAUUAUCCCUCGCUCUCUUCCAUCUUACUUGCUGCCCAUGAAUCAAAGCCCGGAGUCGGUGGAUCCAAUCCCCUCCAAGAAACAUUGAAAGAUUAUCAAGGUCCAUGCCUUCAUUUUCAAGUUCUUUUUUUCCCUCCUAAUCUUUCAUUCUGUAGUUGGAAGUUGGAACCAUUCUUUGCUUUCUUCUUAGAGAUAUAUAAAGACAGAUUUUGCAAGUUAAAAAAAUGUAAACAAAUCUCUAACUCAAGAUGUG